AUGGGCUUUGCCCUGGAGCGCUUCGCCGAAGCCGUGGACCCGGAUUUCGAGUGCAAGCUGUGCGGCCAGGUGCUGGAGGAGCCCCUUUGCACGCCUUGCGGGCACGUCUUCUGCGCCGGCUGCCUGCUGCCCUGGGCAGCGCGGUGGCGCCUGUGCCCGCUGCAGUGCCAGCCCUUGGCGCCCGGCGAGCUGUACCGGGUGCUGCCUCUGCGCAGCCUCAUCCACAAGCUGCGCAUCCGGUGUGACUACUGCGCCCGCGGUUGCGGCCGUUCGAUCCCGCUGCACGAGCUGGAGGCUCACGUCGAACGCUGCGAUUUCGGCCCUUCCCGCAGCGGCCUCUGGGGCUACGUUGUGGGGCCGGGCGGCCGCGGUGGCAAGGACGUGCCAGCGCGGGGGGGCUGCGGCACUGCGCCCAGGGCCGCCCGGGACGGGAGCGCGCGCGGGGGGCUGCCGAGCGGCCGCUGCGGGAGCGGGCGGGGGCCGGGGCCUCGAGUACUCGCCUGGAGGCGGCGCGAGAAGGCGCUGCAGGGCGAGGUGCCGCUCACUGCCCGCAGGUACCAGGAGAAGUUCACCCAGUACAUGGCUCACGUCCGCAACUUCGCCAGGGACCUGAACGGUGGCCACGGCCGGGAUGGAGAAUAUAAGCCAUUCACCAUUGUAUUAGAGAGAGAAAAUGACACUCUGGGAUUUAAUAUUAUAGGAGGUCGACCCAAUCAGGAAGAAAUAUCAACAGAAGGAAUUUAUGUUUCAAAAAUUUUGGAAAAUGGACCUGCAGACAGAGCAGAUGGCCUGGAGAUUCAUGACAAAAUCGUUGAGGUCAAUGGGAAGGAUCUCUCAAAGGCCACCCAUGAAGAGGCAGUGGAGGCUUUUCGAAAUGCCAAGGAGCCCAUCGUGGUUCAGGUGCUAAGGCGAACGCCUCUCAGUAAGCCAAUCUAUGGAACGGCCCCAGAAGUGCAGCUCAUGAAUGCCAGCACGCAGACGGACAUUACCUUUGAACACAUCAUGGCCCUGGCCAAACUGAGACCACCCACACCUCCUGUGCCAGAUAUCUGUCCAUUUCUGCUCUCAGACAGCUGCCAUUCUCUUCAUCCGAUGGAGCAUGAAUUUUAUGAGGACAAUGAGUAUCUUUCCAGCUUGCCUGCUGAUGCAGACAGAACAGAGGACUUUGAAUAUGAGGAGGUUGAGUUGUGCCGUGUUAGCAGUCAAGAGAAGCUGGGUCUGACCGUCUGUUACCGAACAGAUGAUGAAGAAGACACUGGCAUUUAUGUCAGCGAGGUGGAUCCAAACAGCAUCGCUGCCAAAGACGGCCGAAUUCGAGAGGGGGAUCGUAUUUUGCAAAUAAAUGGCGAGGAUGUCCAGAAUCGAGAAGAAGCCGUGGCAUUGCUCUCCAGCGAUGAGUGCAAGAGAAUCGUGCUGCUUGUUGCGAGGCCAGAGAUGCAGCUGGAUGAAGGCUGGCUGGAAGAUGAAAGGAAUGAAUUCUUAGAGGAGUUAAACUUGGAGAUGUUGGAAGAACAACAUAAUGAAGCAAUGCAGCACACCGCCAAUGAGGUGGAGCAGCCAAAAAAGCAAGAAGAAGAAGAAGGCACAACAGACACAGCCACAUCCUCGUCUAACAACCACGAGAAGGACAGCGGGGUGGGACGCACAGACGAAAGCCUGCGGAACGAUGAGAGCUCAGAGCAAGAGAACGCAGCUGAGGAUCCCAACAGCGCAUGCUUGAAGAGCAAGAGAGAGCUGGGGCAGAGCCAAGACACUCUGGGGAGUGUUGAACUUCAGUGCAAUGAGAGCUUUGUGUCAGGUGAGUACAUUGAUUCCGACUGCCCUGGCAACCAAGAUGAGGAGUGUGAACGAUUCCAGCAGCUCUUGGAGCUCAAAUGCAAGAUUCGAAAUCAUGGAGAGUGUGACCUGUAUUACUCAAGCAGCACAAUAGAAUGCAACCAAGGGGAACAAGAAGGAGUGGAGCAUGAACUACAGCUGCUGAAUGAAGAGCUAAGAAACAUUGAACUUGAGUGUCAGAAUAUCAUGCAGGCUCACAGGCUGCAUAAGGUAACAGAGCAGUAUGGAGACAUCUGGGCAUUGCACGAUGGAGGAUUCCGAAAUUAUAACACCAGCAUUGAUACGCAAAGGGGAAAAUUAGAUGACAUCAUUGAACACCCAGAAAGGUCAGAUAAGGACAGUUCUAGUGCUUACAACACAGCCGAAAGCUGCAGAAGCACCCCACUCACUGUGGACCGCUCCCCUGACAGCUCCCUUCCAAGAAUGAUCAACCUCACCAACAAGAAAAAUCUGAGAAGCACAAUUGCAGACCAUCAGUCCUCUUCUGGACAGAGCAGUAAAGAGUCGACCUCCACCAAAGCCAAAAACACUGAGCAAGGUUGUGACGUUGAAGGCAAGGAGAAGAUUUUAGAAAGCAACAAGCUUUCUGAUCAAGAGAAGACAAGCAGCGAACACAUCCCUUACCUCUCUCCUUACCACAGCUCCUCAUAUAGGUAUGCAAACAUCCCAGCACAUGCCCGGCAUUAUCAAAGCUACAUGCAGUUAAUUCAACAGAAGUCUGCCGUGGAAUACGCUCAGAGUCAGCUGAGUUUGGUGAGCAUGUGCAAGGAGUCCCAGAAGUGUUCAGAGCCCAAGAUGGAAUGGAAGGUGAAAAUUAGGAGCGAUGGGACCCGCUACAUCACAAAGAGACCAGUGCGAGACCGGAUUCUGAAGGAACGUGCCUUAAAGAUCAAGGAGGAGCGGAGUGGCAUGACGACAGACGAUGACACCAUGAGUGAGAUGAAAAUGGGGCGCUACUGGAGCAAAGAGGAGAGAAAGCAACACCUGGUUCGGGCCAAAGAGCAGCGUCGGCGCCGGGAGUUCAUGAUGCGGAGCCGGUUAGAGUGUCUCAAGGAGAGUCCUCAGAGCGGCAGCGAGGGCAAGAAGGAGAUCAACAUCAUAGAACUGAGUCACAAAAAGAUGAUGAAGAAAAGAAACAAGAAAAUUUUGGACAACUGGAUGACAAUCCAAGAACUGAUGACCCACGGGGCCAAGUCUCCUGAUGGCACACGAGUUCAUAAUGCCUUUUUGUCAGUCACCACUGUAUGACCGAGUGAAUGGAACGCAACUGAUUUUAAGAGGGUGCUACCAGUUUGGGUAGAGUAUGAUUGCCUCGUUCAAUGUGGCGUUUUUAUAUAUAUUUUCUGACUCUUUAUAGUUUAAAUUUUUUGUAAGCAAAAAUACCUGGUAAUUUUUAAUUUGUUUUUCAUAUACUGGUACCUUCUU